CCGCGCUACCAUCGCCGACGCCGGUACUUAGUCGGUAUCUCUAUACAAAUGUGAAUUACGAAAGCUAUAUAUAGCUUAAAAACGAGAUUAAAAUAUAAUAUUCAUAUAAUAAUAAUUUUAAAUUUGCGAGUUUAAAACGUUUUCAAACAUUUUGAAUAAAAAAAAUGACAUUAAUAAUCGUCGCAAUCGAAUUUAUCGUAAUUACAUAAGAUAUGAACUGUGUUGAUAGACAUCGAAUCGCUUAACAUGUACGGUUUUACUGCCUAUAAACUUCACACGGUUACUCCAAACCCAUGUCGGUCUUCCGAUACCGGGCGAAGGACAUCUGCAACCGUUCAUUUUAAUUCGAAAAUUCCAUUCAACAGUACCACGGAUCAUAUUUACAGAACAAAAGAUACUUUUAAAUCUUCAACAGUGGCUUCUUCUACGGCCACGUGUUACAGACGUGGUGCGCCAAGAUAUUCUGUAGUAGAUCAAAAUACAUCAUUUAGUCGUGGGUCAUUUCCAAACGAUUACAAUGAUGACGGCCUUGACGAUUAUUUAAGUCACAGGCGGUACUCAGCAGACGAAUGUAGCUUAGAUACAGGCCGAAAAUCUUUAACGUUUGACUUGUAUGAUAAGAAGCUCUCAGAAAGCAUACACGACGUACAAAAGAAAUUUCAUGAAAUCACUGUAUGCGAAAACACCACUGUUAAAGAGAUGACACCAGAAAUACCAGAUCCAAGAGUACGAACUCCACCGGAAUUAUCACGUGUAAAUACAGAUGACCCAGCCGAAUGUGUUAAGCAAAUGUUGAAAGCUGCUAGAGACAUGGAGUUUGAAUCAGUUAUUAAUAUUUUAACAAGCCAUGAUGAAGAAUUUUUUAGAAAUAAUAUCAAUGACACUGAUUCUACAGGUCGAACGCUGUUGAGUUACAUGGCGUCGAGUGGCAGCGUCGAAAUAGUCGAAGAAAUAUUUAGAAUACCCGACUUAAAUUAUAACAAACCGGACAAUGAGGAUAAUACACCAUUACAUUUUGCAUCGCAAGCAGGUCAAUCUGAAAUUGUGUGCCUAUUAUUGAACAACUGUCUAAAACUAGAGAUUGAUGCCAGAAACUGUUUGGGGUUCACACCACUAAUGAAGGCUGCUCUUCAAGGGCGCACGAAAUGUGCGAAAUUUCUACUGUAUGCAGGCGCAUCGCCCACCAUGCGGGACACGGGUCGGGGCUUGCGAGCCGAACAGUGGGCCAGGUUUUGUGGCCGGUACAAUUGCGCGGACGCGAUCGAGAAAUUGGCCCGCAACCGACUGCUGGAACGGACCACGUCGUACGGCCGGUGGGGCAGCGACCCGGAGCUUGGCCCGCACAUGCUGAUCAACGGCCGGCUGAUGCAGCCACCGGCCGCGUCGGCGGUGGCCACGCUCCAGCGUGCCGCCACGCAGCACCACCGCUCGAUCAAGUCUAAGCUGAAGCGGGCGUUUCGCACGUCGUCCAAUCCCGACUCGACCGGCAGCACCGUCAACCAGUAUUCGCUGGUGUCGCAGCUCACCGGCGCGGCUCUGUGCGCCAGCAGUCCCGCGUUGCCCGUGCACACCCGCGCGAAACCCAUGGUCAAGUCGCUGCUCAGACCGCUGACCGUGCCCAAGGUGACCGUCACCGGAUUGCAGGAACCGCUCCAGCGCCAGCAAACGCCCGUCCCGGCGCCGCCGUCCCCGAACUCCGAUUCCCGGGGCGGUAAAAAACAGAAGAACAAAAAACGAUGAUGAUAACCGACGAACGGGUUAUAAACGGCUUAUUAUAAAUUAUUAUUAUCAUCAUUAUUA